CGAGUCUGGAAUUAACGGAGAGUUUGUGAACGCAUCAUUAAACCGGUGGAUUAGCUUGAAGACAGGUGGCUAAGGUGGCUAAGCUAACUUGCUAAGUGCGAAGUUGUAAACCCAGUUCGUCGUCACUGUAGCUGACAGGGAAACACCCGCUGAAAGACUGUGUGUCGGCUUCGUUGUGUUUUUUAAAAGCCUGAGUUGAGAUUGACAGCGUUUAUCAAAAUGGUCGUGGACGACAUCCAGUUCAUGAACAUCCUCAAGGGGAAACGCGUCAAGCUGACCCUGAAGACUUCGUCCUACCUCGGCGUGGUCCAGAGAAUAAAUCCCAACAAAACGCUGGUUCUGGCGGACGUGGUUAGUGUCAGCAAUGGCUGCAGAUAUCCUGGCUCCAAAAUAUUCUUUGGGCGUGAGAUUCUCAAUGUGGAGUUUCACAACGAAACCAAAAGGGACAGUGGAAGUAUCAAUGACCCCAGACUGGAGGACCAGUUGAACGUGGAGGAGUUUCAGCCGUACAGGAAGACAAUGAUCAUGGAUCACGAUGAGGAAGAGGAGUACAUCAACUUCGUAGUCAUCGACGAGUUUCAUGAGAAGUUUGGGCCUGCUGUGAUGCACAUCAAGAAGCAGAGCGUGAUCAGUGUAGGGGCUGAUGGACUCGAGGUGCUUCAGAAUGGGAGACUGUGUUGGCUGCAGAUUGCCACUAGAAACAAGGUAUACUUGUUUGAUAUUCUGUUACUUGGAGCCCGAGCCUUUAAGAACGGCCUCUCUAUGAUCCUGGAAAAUAAGCAAAUAUUAAAGGUGAUGCACGACUGCCGAGCCAUCGCUGGAUGUCUGAUUGCACAGUUCGGAGUGAAGCUGACCAACGUCUUUGACACACAAGUGGCAGAUGUCAUGUGCUUCUACUCAGAGACAGGCGGGUUUCUUCCUGACAGAGUCAGUACGCUGCAGGAGGUGGUGAGUCUCCAUCUGAAGGUACCGUCCUCCCAGCUCUUAUCACUUCAGAUGAAGUCACAGCUCACCAAGGAUGAAAGAGAGAUGUGGUUCAAGCGCCCGUGUCCUGUGACCCUGCUGAAGGUGAUGGCUCUGUCAGUGAUCCACCUGCAGCCUCUCAGACUGGUGUUGCUGGAUACUCUGAUGAUUGACUACAUGACGCUGGUGGAUUCAUACCUUCACAGUAGCCACUAUGAACCUGAUGGAUUGGAGCUGGUCAGAAUGGAGAGUGUGUUGGAGUUGCCCACAGAACUCAAGCAGCUGCAGCAAAUGCAUCUGGAGCGACACAAGUGGGCUGCAGACCACUACCCCGUCACAGAGCAGGGUCUGCUGGCUCGCUUCAAACGCCAAACCAAGAUCCCAUCCCAGCCCUCACCUGCAACAGAAGAGGUGAGUCAGACACAGACAGGCUCCUGUGAACCUGCAACUGUGGAGUCACCAUCAGCAGCACAACUGGACCGUCUCUCUAACCAAAAACCCACACCUCCCCAAAGUGUUUCCUCUCUUGAUGUCCAUGCCUCUCCUGACCUGCCACCACAAGUGUCCCCUGUCAGUCCCCUGACUGUGGGUAUAGGCAGAGGCUGCACAGACCUACUGAUGAACACAAUAGGUAGAGGAAGGCCCGUUGGAAAAGAGCAGUCGGCCCAAUAUGUCUUACCUGCCAUAGGGAGAGGCCUUUUCUUCCAGAUGCCAUCAGCCCAGAUCCCCGGAGCGAGCACUGGGGACAUCAAAAGUCCAGGCGGGAUGGAGACGACUCCUUCAUGGCCAGGCCUCACACCCUCCCAGUGGGUGACGCCGGCUGGCACCGGUGCUACUGAAAUCCCUAAGGAUACUUCUGGGAUGAGAGGCGACAUUUCCACAGCGACUCCCCAGUCCCUCUCACCUUCACUGGGUCAGUUGUUCAGAUCCUUCACAGGCUAAAGGAGGUGUCACAAAACACAUAUGACCACCUGCUUUAAAGAUGUUUGACGUUCUAGAUGUUGUGUUUUCUUAGAGUGAGCAGUAGAUGGCAGUAAAUAUCCUGUGUUCCGCAAAGGUUGGUUUGAUAUCAGGUGUUCAUGAGAAUAAUUUCAUUUUGAAGAAAGAAGACAAGAUUUUGUUGUUGUGUACAUUGCAUACCAAUUCACUUCAAAUAUAUUUCUAUCAUUUGUGA